CCAGUAGUCAUCUAUCUACAUGUGUCCCGUACGGAAAUCUGCAAAGGAAAGUGUUCUCCUUUAACUGCAGAGGUCUCCCCAUCCCCUCACACACCUUUACCAGCCCGUGGUUCCUUCCUUCACAGAGCAAGAGGCGGAGGAGAGGACGGAGAUCGUAGAUACGCAUCCUAGUUAAAGUCAAUGAGAACUUCUCUUCGGAGGAAACGGGCGUUUGUGAAGGAGCUUCGUGACGUUUGGAGAUGCUUUUGAUGGUCUCAGUCGGUGAUAUAGCUGCGUUCAUGGUCAGAACAAAACCAAGAGACCAUUUCAAUGACUCAAUGUGCUCGUUUUGAGGAGCAAAGGAGACGUUUCUGUAGGAUUCUCAGUCCGGAGACGUGAUGUCUGCCAGCGCGCGUGCCCUGCUCUUAGUAUUGCUGAGUGUGCUUCAGGCAAAUGGCCAGACAGAGAUGAAGAAGGUGGUUGGAGACAACGCCACACUGCCGUGCCAUCAUCAGCUGUGGCAAGCCGACAUCUCCCUGCUGGACAUCGAAUGGAUGCUGCAUAGAUCCAGCUCACGGCAGAAUGUGGUGAUCACAUACUCUGGCGGUAGGAUCUAUGACACCAACGAAAACGAAGCUAGGCGGCUGUCCCUAGCGGGAGACUAUCUAAGAGGCGACGCUUCACUCUUGAUCAGUGACCUCUCACUCAGCGACUCCGGAGAAUACAUCUGCAAGGUCAAGAACGGCGGGAAGUACUACUGGAACACAGUCAAACUCAUUGUACUCUUAAAGCCGUCUAAACCACGCUGUUGGAUGGAAGGUCGUCUGCUGGAAGGAAGUGAUGUCAGACUGAGCUGCAAGUCCACAGAUGGUUCUGACCCAAUCAGCUACAAAUGGGAAAGAGUCUUAGACAAUGGAAAAUAUGUCGGCAAGCUGCCACCUCUGGCCCUCAUAGAUCUGAAGAACCCUGAGAUUGUGACAUUGAAGAAUCUGACUAGGGAAAGUGCGGGUGUUUAUAAAUGCACUGCCAGCAAUGAUGUCGGAGAAGAAAACUGCACUUUAGAGGUCAAAGUUCACUAUGUCCGGGGUAUGGGUGUGGUGGCUGGAGCUGUGGUGGGCGUGUCCUUCGGCGUUCUCCUCAUCAUCCUUAUUGUCUGGCUUGUUUUCCGCAAAAAAGAGAAGAAGAAAUAUGAAGAGGAGGAAGCACCCAAUGAAAUAAGGGAAGAUGCAGAGGCUCCCAAAGCCAAACUGGUGAAGCCGAACUCUCUCUCCUCCUCCCGAUCUGGUAGUUCUCGCUCCGGGGCCUCCUCCACUCAGUCUAUGGUGCACAACAGCGCCCUCCGUGCGCCCAGGCCUCGACUGCCUGUCGUGGCUGCCCUUAAGGAAAGCGGGCAGCCCGAAAACUUCCCCCCGGUUCCACCGCCGUACAACCAUGUGGUCCCCAAACCUCCGGAGCCCAGCAGUAGCCCCAAAGCCAUCCCGGCCAAACUCAGCCCUGGGAACCUGGCGAGGAUGGGCGCAACACCAGUGAUGAUUCCCGCCCAAACCAAGGCAUUUCAGACUGUGUAGGAAUAAUAAAUGCCCUAAACAUACACACAAACAGAUAAAUACACACACUGCACUCCACAUCUGGUAUCAGGAACAUUCACAAAGGAUUUCCCAUUCCCUGCGGAAAACCCAGGUGGUCAGGCCUUUUAAAUCAGCAGAACCGACUCUGUUGGAAAAUAAAUACUUUUGUUGUUUUUAUGUGCACACUGAAAUGGAAGAAGACUCCUUGUGGAGUGUAAAGGGUAAAGACAGAGGAAAAAGGGGGGGGGGGGGGGGGGGGGUUGGUUGUGGAGGGCUGUGCCUUGCGUUAUGAUGAUGGUUUGAGCAAACAAAAGAGGCAGAAAUGAACAGAGAUACAACUCUGCCUUUACCCAGAGAGACAGCCUGUCUACCUGACCGCAAACUUCCUGUCCUUUCUUGGUUUGAACUGACAGAUACAGAACUGGAGAAGAAACUCACAAAAGCGGACUCUUUCCGGCACCUGCUCAUCUGCCCCUACAAGGAUUCACAUCUGCCACUCAAUUCCUCAGCCAAUCGGCAUUCGACAGGCGGCCCAGUGGGCAUCACACAUCAAAAGCCAAUGGCAGGUCACCUGCUGGGCACAGACACU